AUGGCGACAUCAAGCGACCUCACCAAUGGCAAGAACGGCCACGGCCCCGAGAGCGAAGAAGUUACCGACCAAAAAGUCGCCAUCGUGACGGGCGCCACAUCCGGCAUGGGCAUCGACCUGGCCCGCCACCUCCACAGCAAAAACUACCGCGUAGCCCUCGUAGGCCGCAACAAAGAAGCUGGCAACCGCAUCGCCACAACAAUCACAACCCCGGAAGUCCAAGCCCGGUUCUUCCAAGCCGAUGUAUCCUCCUAUCAAUAUCAAGCCGAGAUGUUCAAAGCCGUCUGGGACACUUGGGGCCGCAUCGACCUCCUCUGCGCCAACGCCGGGAUCAUCGACCAGAGCAGUCUAUACCUGUACAACUGGCGGGGUAAGGGUGUUGAAGAGGUCCCGCCGGAGCCGGAUUUGAGCUGUACGGAUGUGGAUUAUAAAGGGGUGGUUUAUGGGACUGUGUUGACGACGCAUUUCAUGCGGCAUAAUCCCACGCCUGGAGGGAGGAUUAUUCUGAAUGCUUCGAUUGGAGGAAUAUUUCCCCAUAAGUCUUAUCCGGAGUACUGCGGUGCGAAGGCGGCGGCGAUACAUUUUGUGAGGGGGGUGGCGCCGUUGUUGAAGCAGAAGGAGAAUAUUUUGAUCAAUACGGUUUUGCCAGGGAUGGUGCAAACGCCUAUUGUGCCUAUGGAGAUGAUGGAAGCUGUUUCGCCGGAGUGUGUGACGCCGAUUUCCACCAUUCUGAGGGCACAUGAUACCUUUGUUGACGAUGAGACUGGCAUGUUUGGCAAGUCGUUGGAGGCGAGUGCGGAAGAUUUGAGGUGGUACAAUCUCCCAGAGCCCGGGAACGGAUACAAGACACUGAGGGCGGUGACGGUAUGGGAACCGUUGUUCAAAGCGAUGCAUGGCGAAGAGAGUGGGUUGGAAGAUGCCAUUCCGUAG